CACACCCAAAAUGCUUCCUAUAGGGACACAAUGACAACCGAAGCGCGCACCCGACUGCACAUUACGCCCUUCAACCAGGAACUACUCCAGCGCUAUCUUCCUGCAUCCGUGCAGCCGCUUGCGACAGAUAUCUCAUUCCACGCUGUCGAGACGUUCCCCGAGCGAGGCUUCGGCUACGUUGAGCUACCUGCCAGUGAAGCGCUGAAAUUGAAGAACAAGCUCAACGGUAUGACGUUGAAGGGCUCGAAAGUCAAGAUCGAGGAGGCCAGGCCGCAGAGGAAGCGAAAGGGCAGGGAGGAGGCCGAACCAGAGCAGGCGCAGGACGGCAAGGCAAGGAAGAAGGUCAAGAAGGAAAAGACAAAGCGCAAACAUGGUGAACUGGUCCUUGAAGGCCACGAGCUGCCAGAUGGUCGGCAUAUCAAGCGUGGAUGGACGGAAGACAAGACCAAGUCGAAGAAGACUAGCAAAAAGGACGAUACGAUCAAAGACAAGAAGCUCAAGUUCAAAACGGUUGUGCCUCCAAACAAGAUCGAGGUGGAGAAAGAAGGUGUGAAGAAGUCCAGAACGAAGGAGAAGAAGGAUGAAGAGGAGAAGAAAUCUGGGCGCAAACAGGUCGUGGUGACCGAAGGAAAGAAGAGUUCGAGGCCUGCUGCUGGUGGGAAGGCAAGAAAGGGCGAGUUACAGUACGAGGAGGGCCGAGGCUGGGUGAACGAGGAAGGCGAAGUGGUCGAAGCGGAGACCGAAAAGCAGAAGAGGAAACGGGAGCGCAAGGCUGCGAAGAAAGCUGCCGAAGAGUCUGCGCCAAAGCCCGUUGUGGAACAAGAUGCCAUCAUUGCAGAAGCGUCUGAACUCGACUCUGAGCCCGAAGAUGAGGGCACAAUCGAGCUCGCACACGCCAGCUUGCCGACCCGCGAGGCGUGGUCAGGCGACGACGAUACAGCGUCAAGUUCGACGGUCUCGUCCGUCUCAUCAGUCUCUUCAGACUCGGAUUCUGAAUCUGAAACCGAGCCAGAAUCAGAUGGCGAUACAGAAGCUGGGCUCGACAGACAACUUGCCCAAGCUCGUUCCAAUACAGUCUCGAACAAGAACACGCAGACUCCGGAAGCCAUUUCUCUCCCGGUUGGAGAUGUGCAAGAGAAGGAAGUUCAUCCUCUUGAAGCACUCUUCAAACGCGCUGCGCCAAUUACUACGGACCAAUCGCCCAGACCCAAACCCGCACCGAUCGAUACCUCGUUCAGUUUCUUCGAAGCUGGAGGCGACGUAGAUGAAGACGAUGUAGGUGCCACGGCGGAGCUUCGCGUCCCGCAAACACCUCGGACGAAGGAAGAUCUUGCGUGGAGAGGACAGAGAUCUGCUGCGCCUACGCCCGAUACUGCUGCCAUUGGGAAAAGAUUUGAUUUCGCUUUUGGGCAAGAUCAGGACGAGCAUGACAAUGACGAGGACGACGACGAGGAUGAUGAUGAAAUGGCGGAUGUCGACGGGUUGCAGCAGGCAAAAGGCGGUGCUACGCAAGAGGAGAGCGAGUUCAGGAAGUGGUUCUACGAGAAUCGUGGUGCGUUGAAUCGAGGGUGGAAGAAGCGGAGGAAGGAUGAAAGGAAGAGUUUGAGGCAGAGGGAGAAUCGAAAGAUAGGGAGACGAGUGGCUUAGAAGACCAUAGGUACCUGUAUCCAAAUGGGUAUCGAACAGCCUGAUGGACAUGAAACAUCCCGCUUGGAGAAUCCCAUCCACAAUCGCCAUAACCAAUCAAAGCUUUGAAAAGCAGGACAAGACCAUUGUUCAUAAGAUGAUCAUGACGAAGCACAUUCGACUGAUGACUGCAGGUGCCUCUGGAGCGAGGGCUUUGGUGAACUGGAAUUGAGGUAUUCAAG